AUGAACUAUGGGAACUGCUGUCCCGACUUCCUGCAUCACUGCCUCAAGGCCUCGAAGAGGCAGGAGGAGCUCCUGAAGCAGGAGGAGCACUUGAGUGAGAUCGAGCAUGGGCAGGGCAUCAACGGACCUGAGUGGAUGCUUUGCCUGGUGAUGAUCUCCUUCGUGCUCACCAUGAUGGGGCUUCUCUGCAUGGUGAACUCGCAGUCCGAUCCAGUGAAGGCAGCAGAGAAGCAGUUGAGCUGUACGACCGUGUCCAUCUUCGCCGCCUCCACCUUCAGCAUCGCGCUGCAUGGCGUCUUGAUUGAGCAGCUGUGGAUGGGCAAGAGCCCCGGGCUGAACCGGAGCGCCGGGCCGCUGGUUCAGGCGCGCAUCUACGGGUUUCUGAGUGUGGGGUUCUACGUCUUCUCUAGCUGCCUCGUCUACUGGUGCCGGGACUCCCCGAACUCCUGGUGCAAGCGGUGGAUGGAAGCGGAAGAAGAGCGCUGUGGCGGCUGGACCAAGAAGCUCCUCCAUGCUGACAUGAAGCACUGGUCCUUCGCCGUGGCUCAGCUCUCCGGGCAUAUCACGGCCUUUCUCCUGAUUCGAGCUUUUGGGUCUCUGCAGCAGAGCAUGAAAGAAUCCAGCUUGAAGUGCUACCUGGUGCUGCCGUGGGCUGCGAUGGUCCUUCGAGCCGCGCUCCUUCUUGCGAAGCUGGCACGCUCCCGAUGCAUCCAGGAGGUGGAUGUCAGGUGGCAGAAAGAGGAUCACGAAGGUGAGUAUCACAACUUCGGUGAAGCGUACAGCGGAAUGCUGGAGCGGCAGUACAAGGUGCCCGAAGGGCCCCACGACGACUCCACGAUCCACUUUGAGCAGCCCGAGAUUGCCGAGUUUUGCAUCUCGGAGUACUGGGACAUCACGGAGUCCUCUCCUGAGCAGGAGGAGGCAGAGGAGAACGAGUUGACCUCAUGGAGCAGUCUCAGAAGCUUCUGUUCCAAGAGGCCGGGAGCUGAUCUGGGCCCUGGGGGUGAUCUUCGGAAUCGGGAUCCCGUGGCUGGAAAGCUCCCGCCGGAGGGGCCCCAGAGGGUGCGGAGGUUCUGCCACUGGGAUCACGCCGCCCAUGAAGCUUCCCUUGAUGGUGUUAGCCUGGUCAUGGGAUUCCUGAUACUCCAGCUCGUCCUCUACUUCCACACGGGCAGCCUGAACCCCAUUGAGGGACUUGUGGUAAAGCCCGAAGACACCUGGCUGGUCCUGUGGAUGGGUCUCUGGAGUAUCGGCUUUCUCCUUGUGGUGACGGUCGUCUCCUGCGCCGAGCGGUACAUGAAGAGAACCUUCAUGCCCACGAACUUCGAGUUCAUCCGCGGCACAUCCUCUGCAGCCAUGGGCUGGUGCUUGGUCCAUGCCUUUGCGGUCUUUGCCAGACGCUCGAGCACCUGGAUGGACACCUACAUCUUUGUGGCCUUCCCGCUGACGUGGCUGGGCUUCAUCGUCACCGGGGUCCUCCAUUCCUGCGCCAGGGAUCUCCGGACCUUCCGGCACGAGGCUGCCAGUGUUGCGGAAGCCUUUGGCAUCGCCAUUGGCCUGGCAUGGGACAAGGCUUUCGAGUCAGUGAUCGUGCUGUCCACGCAGGGCUGGAAUGGGCAUUAUGUGAUGUCCAAGAUCAUCCUCGCCACCGUCGUCCUCGUUGCCGUGGUUCCGCCCUGGUUCUGGUACCUGGUGCCCAGGGCCGAGGAGCGCGAGGAGCAUGCAGAGAUCGUGAGGCUCUAG